AUGAGCGAAACGAAAGGAAGCAGCAGCAGCAGGACGCCAUUAAUGAGCUCCCGCAAGCUCCCAGAUUUCAAACAAUCAGUGAAGCUCAAGUACGUGAAGCUAGGUUACCAUUACCUCAUAACCCAUGGAAUGUUCCUCUUCCUUUCCCCGCUGCUCGUGAUCAUCGCUGCGCAGCUGUCGACCUUCUCCCUCGACGACCUCCACGUCUUGUGGGACCAUCUCCGCUUCAACCUCAUUUCCAUCAUCCUCUGCUCAGCCCUUUUGGUCUUCCUCUCCACACUCUACUUCCUCACUCGCCCCGCUCCCGUUUACCUCGUCGACUUCUCCUGCUACAAGCCCCAUCCCGAACGAAAAUGCACCCGUCAAAUCUUCAUGGAGAGGUCCAAGCUAACGGGCUCGUUCACCGACGAAAACCUCGAGUUCCAACGCAAGAUCCUCGAGCGCUCGGGUCUCGGCGAGUCCACCUACCUCCCGGAGGCUGUCCUCCGAGUCCCCCCUAACCCGUGCAUGGCCGAGGCCCGAAAGGAAGCCGAGACUGUCAUGUUCGGCGCCAUAGACGAGCUCCUCGCCAAAACUUCCGUAAAACCGAAAGACAUUGGGAUCUUGAUUGUCAACUGCAGUUUAUUUAACCCCACGCCUUCUCUGUCGGCUAUGGUCGUUAAUCAUUACAAGCUGAGGGGGAAUAUAAUCAGCUAUAAUCUCGGGGGAAUGGGUUGUAGUGCGGGCUUGAUCUCUAUCGACCUUGCGAAGGAUCUUUUGCAGGUUCACCCGAAUACGUAUGCGUUGGUCAUCAGCAUGGAGAAUAUCACGCUCAAUUGGUAUUUUGGUAAUGAAAGAUCGAUGCUUGUUUCGAACUGUCUUUUCCGUAUGGGUGGAGCCGCCAUAUUGCUCUCGAACAAAAGGUCUGAGUACUGGCGGGCCAAGUACCGGUUAGUCCACACUGUCCGAACCCACAAGGGAUCGGACGAGAAGUGCUUCUCGUGCGUGACUCAGAUGGAGGACUCGAAUGGAAAAAUCGGGGUCUCACUCUCCAAGGACCUGAUGGCGGUGGCCGGGGAUGCUUUAAAGACGAAUAUUACCACACUGGGCCCGCUUGUCUUGCCCAUGUCCGAGCAGCUUCUGUUCUUGGCGACUUUGGUGAGGAGAAAGCUGUUUAAAAAGAAGGUUAAGCCUUACAUACCCGAUUUCAAACUUGCGUUCGAGCACUUCUGUAUCCAUGCGGGUGGGCGCGCCGUGCUGGAUGAGCUGGAGAAGAAUCUGCAGCUCUCGGAUUGGCAUAUGGAGCCGUCGAGGAUGACUCUGUACAGAUUUGGUAACACGUCGAGCAGCUCACUUUGGUACGAGCUGGCGUAUACAGAAGCUAAAGGGAGGGUGAAGAGAGGGGACCGGACAUGGCAGAUUGCGUUUGGGUCGGGCUUCAAGUGCAACAGUGCUGUUUGGAAAGCCCUGCGAACUAUAAAGCCAUCUAAAGAGAAGAGCCCGUGGAUUGAUGAGAUCGAUCAGUUUCCUGUGGAGGUGCCUAAGGUAGCUGCUAUUUAG